UAUUUUGAAUUUUAAUGUAUCUUAUCAUAACAUGUUCGCUCCGUAGCAACGCACGGGCAUUCACCUAUUAAGCAUGAUGGCUCAUAUGAAUCAGAUCCUGCAGUUGAGAUUGUUCGAGUUGAACUCCAAGGUGCUGCUGCAUUUCUUUUAUUCUCGUCUGGUACCUCUUGUACUUCUUCUGGUUGAAGGUUCCACGCCUAUAGAUAUUGGAGAACAUGGAUGUGAAAUGCUUCUGGUAGUAAAGAAGGCAACACAAGAGUCUGGUUCAAAAUUUGAACUGCUAGGUUUUGCAGCUGUGCAUAACUUCUAUCAUUAUCCUGAGAGUAUUCGCUUACGAAUCAGCCAGGUUGGUCCUCUUACAGCUUUACUUUUUGUUUACAUUGUUAUGGGGUGUCCUAUAUUUAGUCAAUUUCUUUGAAGUUAUUCCAUGGCA